AUGUCCAACGGAGAGACCAAGCCCCUCAACCCCCAGGCAGACCUCGCCCCUCCCGCCCCUAUGGCUGGAGUGUACUUCGAGCACGACCCUGCAACGGUGAAAUGCCCUUUCUGCCAGUACACUGGUCCGACCAAGGUUGACCAUAAGAUCAGCGCUGGUUCGUGGAUAUGUGUUGCCAUACUGGCCAUCAUCUUCUUCCCUCUGGCCUGGUUACCCUGUUGCUGCAAAGACUGCCAACAGGCUGACCAUAAGUGCACCCAUUGCAACGCCAAGGUCGGCGAGAAAGUAUUCAUCACCAGUUGA